CAUGGUCAUCUCAGAACAGGUCAGUCCCUUUUGGAAAGCUUCCUUGGUUUCUAUACUAUACUUAGAACAAACAUGAUAUAAAUGUUGUGAAUGGGACCUGAGUUUGAAAGUUUUUAUCGUGUUUGAACACGAUUUUCUUCACGCCAUUCGUAAAAAAAAGAAUUGAUGUGAGACGACAAGAUAAGAAGAGAAUCGAACGAAGGAGAAAGUUAAAGACAAAAGUAAACAAAACGAAGUUAUAACCAAGGUUUUCUGAAGACGAGGGUAACAAACAUGAACCAAACAAACAACCAAUCUUCGAACACGACCUCAAUACGUCCCAAGAUUCCUAGCGGAUCCGCCAUCACCAUCCAUUUACAAUAUCAUGAAGCACAGCUCUGGGUAUCGCUAUUUGUACUAGAAGGCCUGUUGAUCAUCACUGCGAAUUGUCUCUCACUCCUCAUUUUCACUGGUAAAAAAUAUCGCAAAAACAAAAGCAAUUUACUGCUUGCUAACUUAGCAGUUUCAGACCUCCUCGUUGGUUGCCUAGCGACACCUCUACAAGUGUACUCUGUAGGGUCUAGAUGGUUCUGGAAAUUCGAGCUCCCUAUCGCUCUUAAUGUCCCCUUGGAUAUGUUUACUGGUUUUCUCUCACUGUUUUCUUUAACAAUAAUUGGUUUAGAGAGGUUCUUUGCUACAUGGUAUCCCUUUAGCUACAAGGCCAUGAAAGCGUUCGUUUACGUCAUCAUUAUUUUUGUCACGUGGUUUCUUGCUGCUCUCGUGCCAUGCGCAGUAUACCUUGUACCACAUGACGUCCUGCCAAAGUCUUCUGUUAACUACAUAAUCUCGUUUCUUCUUUGUCUGUCUGUCUUCCUCAUUCUCUUCUCGUACACCGCUAUUGGAAUCAAGAUGAGCCUGCAAAACAUUUCACAAGACCAGCGGCAAAAGCGUCAGAAGCGCAUGAUCAAGACCCUUAUUCUUGUCACCGUUCUCUCGCUUGUCUCUUGGCUUCCUUUCCAAGUCAUUAUCCUUGUCUUUUACUUCUACAAAGGGAAACUUAGCUUUCCGUAUCUUGUGAUAGUGGCAACGAAAUUCCUWCAGUUUGGCAACUCCUUUGUCAAUUCGAUAGUUUACUAUCUGCGCAUGUCUGGCUUUCGAGGUGACUUGAGGAGAAUCGUAUGUAGCAAAAUACCCAUAAUGCCAUGUUCGCUGCGAAACAAAGAAAGGAUGGAGGAGGGAGGCGCAAAUAACGAUCAAGCGGAAUCACGUGGCAACGAGAAUGGAGAACGUAAGUGCAACAAUCUUGCCUCGACUUGUACUGCUGAUACAAAUCUAGCCGUGUCUACAGAAGAAACRAAACUGUAAAACGACAACUAACAUCUUUACUCGAUCGAAAACUUGUCGAAGAAAUAUGAAAAGAAACCUGAGCAUACUGACUACGGCAUGUCAAUUAAUGUAAAAAGCGAAAGAAAAURAGACAAAUUAACGUGAACGAGGUGGAAAAAUUAAGAUGUUGUUCRUUGAACUUAUAUUAUAUAUAUAGCAGCUUUGGUUGGAAUCUGUCUGCAUAUUAGAUACUGUCACAAACAAUUGAUAGUUCAUCAAUUAUAAGAGAAAAGGCUUUAAUUCGUGACCAGCAGAAUUGAUACAUUGAUACAGAAUUGAUACAGAAUUGUAGCAUUACUGACGUCCGUCAGAAGAAGCUGCUAAAACACGUUAUAAUCUAAAAAUAAGCAGAUUAACUUAAUGCAAUUCACUGGAUUAGAAUGAAUUAUAUCGUCUGGUUGUAACACUUUAGGAAAGCUUCCAUUUUCUUAAAGCAGAUAGAUCUGUCGAAUCAAGCUAGAGAAUUGAACGAAAGUGACAACAAUUCGAAUACGAUAAGUGAAAAGUAACGUCGCUUAACUUAAUGCAAUUCCCGGGGUAAGCAUGAAUGUCAUUUGGUGUAAUACUUUAGGAAAGCUUCCAUUUUCUUAAUUAAAGCAGAUGGAUCUGUCGAAGCAAGCCAGAGAAUUGAACAACACUGAAAAUUAUUCGAAUAAGACACAUUAAAAACAACCAUAGGACA